CCAGAUCCUGUUCUUGUUAGCGAUUGGCGGCGGAAUAUUUGAAAUUCGAAAUACAAACCGCUGUGUUUUUCAGCAGUUUUGGAAGGAGCAUUACCGCCGGUGGUACGACGAAAUGAGUAAAGCAAAUAAAGAGAAUACACUGUCCCGUCUACCCGUGAUGACUGCUAAAAGAGCACAUCCGGGUAGUGAUCAAGACCCGCAACCAGCACAGAAGAAAAUGCGAAAAUUUGACCAGUGUAAACCGGCUAUGUCUGUGGUUUCAACCAAGAGACCCGUCCCAGCACCAGUUACCCGGCCAGCUGCAAAACGUCCCACUGCCGCGGCCACAGUAGCUGGUGUCGCCACAACAGGUGUAAACAAACGUCCAGUGGCUUCUACAGCCAAAGUGAGCACUGGAGGUGGACCCAAGAGAUCACCAUGGGACUUGAAGGGGAAAAUCGGUGAUCUGGAAACCAAAGUGCAGAACUACCAGGGUCGUUUGAAGGGGGUCAGUCAUCAAAAUGAAACCCUGAAGGACGUUGUGACACAGGCCCAGGAAGAAGCCUCCAGGCAGCGGGAGGAGAUUGCCAAUCUCAAACACAAGCUCAGUAUGUGUCAGGAGAACUUGGAAGUUCUGUCUGGGGUAAAGGAACAGCUGGAGGAAGUUUCCCAACAGAGAGACACACUGGAGACCAAGCUUAAGGCUGUGGAGAUGCUCAAUUCCAACCUUAACACCGAGCUCAUUACAGUUCAGAGCCAUCUGUCCAUGAAGUCCUCAGCCAUGGAGCAUACCCAGGAUACUCUGCACAAGACCCAGGAUACCCUAAAUCAGGCCCAAGACAAGGUUCGGGAGCUGGAGGAGAAGGUGGCUCAGCAGAAGGAGGAGCUGCACAGUGGAGAGAUGGAGCGCCGCAGACUCCAUAACACCAUUCAGGAACUCAAAGGUAACAUCAGAGUUUUCUGCCGAGUGAGGCCCCUGCUCACCGAUGUCCAGGCAGACAUCCCACACAUCCAGCUGCCCGCUCACGACGACAAGGCUGUUGUCCUUGCUAAAUCAGAAGAGUCUCACACAGGCCGCUCUGGGGACACGCAUAAGAAUUAUAACUUCAACUUCGACCACGUCUUCGGGCCACAGGCCUCUCAGCAGGAGAUCUUUGAGGAGAUCUCUCUGCUGGUGCAGUCGGCCCUGGACGGCUAUAACGUCUGCUGCUUUGCGUAUGGUCAGACGGGGAGCGGCAAGACCUUCACCAUGGAGGGCGGCGACAGGGACGAGGAGCGUGGGGUCAUCCCUCGAGCUGUCCGGCAAAUAUUUAAGGCGGCCAGAGCGCUUGAACAUCAGGGCUGGGAGUAUUCCUUCACCGCCAGCUUUGUCGAGAUUUACAAUGAAACCUUGAGGGACCUGCUCUACACAGGCAAGGCUAGCAAAAGGCCUGAGCAUGAGAUCAAGAAGAACGCCAAUGGAGGAAUCACGGUCACCAACCUGACCUACCAGAGGGUUGAGCGUGAGGACCAGGUCCACAACCUGAUUGAGGUGGCAAAUCACAAUAGGUCCACAGCCAGGACUGCUGCCAAUGACCAGUCUUCCAGAUCUCACUCUGUCUUCCAGCUGGACAUUGAAGGUGUCAACUCAGACAGAGGCACCAAGUGCAAAUCAUCCUUGUGUCUGGUGGACUUGGCUGGUAGUGAACGGGUACAGAAGAGUCAGUCCCAGGGUGAGCGGUUCAAAGAAAUGACUGCAAUCAAUUCUUCCCUCACCAACCUUGGCAUUGUCAUUUCUGCCCUGGCCAGCAAGGAAAGUCACAUCCCGUACCGGAACUGCAAGCUGACUUAUUUGCUUCAAAAUUGUUUGGGAGGCAACAGCAAAACUUUGAUGUUUGUAAAUAUUGCUCCAGAACUGGACAGCUUUAGUGAAUCCCUAAAUUCACUCCGUUUUGCCAGCAAGGUCAAUGACUGUGUUAUUGGAACAGCCUCUGCCAAUAAGAAGUGAACUUGUGGAUACUUCUUUUUCUUUUUAAUGUUUUAAAUCCUGGACUAAUGCUAAGAGCUUUGCAUGCAUACUCCCAACAUUUUUUAUAUAUAUUGUACGUUAUUAAAGACUGUACAAUAACUCUGGUAGAUGCACAAUUCACUCAAUCUUUUUAAAUUAAGUAGGGUGAUUUUGAAUAUGGAAUCAUAAUUACAAAAUAUAUUUGAGCUUCAUAAAUGGCUAUAUUUAACCUGUAUAGACUGGCUAGAUUGUUUAUCAGCAAAUCUGAACUGAAUGAACAGUGCUCAAACGUGCUGAGAUGGAAGCAAAAAUAAAACUGUAAAGUAAACCUUC